GGGGCUGGGGGCUCUCUAGGUCCUGCUGGAGCGGAGUGCCCAGAGGCAGAGCGUGGUCGGCAGGCGCUUACAGGUCAGCGGGACAGGUCAGAAGGGGUGAAUCUUUGGGGCUGAGCGGACAGGAAGAAGGUGGGACAUAGACUCAGGGCGCCAGGGCUGAGACCAGGGCGCCGAGAGGGGCAGCGCGGGUGACUCAGCCGCCGCGUCUCUCACCUGUGCUCCGGAGCCAAGCGGGAGGUGGGCGGGGCGGCCCGCCAGUGGGCGUGGCAGCCGUGGACCGGUCCGCGCCCCGCCCCAGGCGCCUACCCGCGGUCCCGGGACCUCGGCCUCCGGCUCCCCGCCGCCGCGCCGUCAACGCCUGGUCCGCCCCGCGCCCCCAUGGCCGGGAAGGCGCUGUCGCUGCUGCCGCCGCUGCUGCUGGCCGCGGCGGGCUCGCCAGCCCUCGCCGGCCUCCUGCUGCUGUGUGUCCCCACCCGCGACAUUCGGGAGCCGCCCGCCCUCAAGUAUGGCAUCGUUCUGGACGCCGGCUCUUCCCACACAUCCAUGUUCAUCUACAAGUGGCCAGCGGACAAAGAGAACGACACAGGCAUCGUGGGCCAGCACAGCUCCUGUGAUGUGCGUGGUGGGGGCAUCUCUAGCUACGCUGACAACCCUUCUGGGGCUGGGCAGAGUCUUGUGGAAUGCCUGAACCAGGCGCUUCGGGAUGUGCCCAAGGAGAGACACGCGGGCACGCCCCUCUACCUGGGAGCCACAGCGGGCAUGCGCCUGCUCAAGAGACCUCCUGGCCCCGGGGACCAUGACGGCCUCAGCACAGGGCGGGCCCUGCAUGUCCCCCGCAGCAGCCCUGGGCUGGGGCCCCCUCGGCUGGCUGUGCACCCCAGCAGCAGGAUCACGGCCAUCUGGGGAAGAUGUCCCUCAGAAUCCUCCCUGUGUCACAGCCUAACCAAUCCAGAGGCUGCGGCCAACGUGCUCGCGUCCGCGACACAGACGCUGACCCAGUAUCCCUUUGACUUCCGUCAUGCCCGCAUCCUCUCAGCCCAGGAUGAGGGGGUGUUUGGCUGGGUGGCCGCCAACUGCCUGCUGGAGAACUUCAUCAAGUAUGGCUGGGUGGGCCAGUGGUUCCGGCCAAGGAAGGGGACGCUGGGGGCCAUGGACCUGGGGGGCGCCUCCACACAGAUCACCUUCGAGACGGCCAGCGCAGCUGAGGAUCCGGCCAAUGAGGUCCAGCUGCGGCUCUACGGCCACAGCUUCCUCUGCUAUGGCCGUGACCAGGUCCUCUGGAGGCUGCUGGCCAGUGCACUCCAGACCCACGGCUUCCACCCCUGCUGGCCGAAGGGCUAUUCCACUCAUGUGCUGCUCCAGGAUGUGCAUGUCGAGUCGCCGUGCACUGCAGCCCAGCGGCCCCAGACCUUCAACAGGCGCGCCAAGGUCAGCCUGUCGGGAAGCAGCGACCCUGCCCUGUGCCGUGGCCUCAUGUCUGAGCUCUUUAACUUCUCCUCCUGCCGCUUCUCUAGACGCUCCUUCAACGGCAUCUUCCAGCCCCCUCUGCCUGGAAAGUUCAUCGCCUUCUCUGCUUUCUUCCACACGGUGGACUUCCUGAGAACUGGGAUGGGGCUGCCCGUGGCAAUCCUGCAGCAACUAGAGGCGGCCGUGGUCACCAUCUGCAACCAGACGUGGAGUGAGCUGCAGGCUCAGGCGCCGGGGGAGCGGGCCCGCCUGCCCGACUACUGCGCUGGGGCCACAUUCGUGCAGCCGCUGCUGUGCCGCGGCUACGGCUUCGACGAGCGCACUUUUGGAGGCGUGACCUUCCAGAAGAAAGCCGGGGACACCGCUGUCGGCUGGGCGCUCGGCUACAUGCUGAACCUGACCAACCUGAUCCCCGCCGACCCAACCGGGCUGCGCAAGGGCACAGACUUCAGCUCUCGGGUCGUCCUCCUUCUGCUCUUCGCCGCCAUGACCCUGGCUGCGUUCGUCCUUCUGCUGAACCGGGCGUGCUCUGCCAAGUCGCCGAGCGCCAUCUAGGGGCGGGUUGGGGGCAGCUGCCCCAGCCCCAAGUCCCCCAUGCCUCACCCCACCCCACUCUCAACAUCUCUGUCCCUAAUGAAGCCCGGGAGCAAGGCUCUGGCGACCACGCCCACAUUUGGCCGGAUCG